AUGCGAAAGCAAUUUACUUAUCUUGCAACCAAAGCUAGAGAAGAUAGUCAAGCUACGAUGUCUGGGUAUUUGUGGAAGAAAAACGCCUUCUCUGGCAAGUGGCGACAACGAUACUUUGUGCUAUACCAGAACCUCCUGUUUCAAUUUGUGUCGGAUAAGUUGGACAGAGGACCGUGUGGAUUGGCGUUGCUAGAGGGCUGCUACUGCGAGAAAACUCUGGUGCUGCGCACCUCUCGCAACCCACGCACAGCAACGCAACACGACCAUUGCUUCACCAUCUGCUGCUUGCCGAAACGCAAGAAGUACUACGAGUUGCGUGCAGACAGUGAGGAGGAGUGCGACGAUUGGGUCGCUGCCAUUCGCAGUGCAAGGCACGAAGAGGAGGAGGAGGAGGAGGAGGAAUCCGAGGCGGAGGCGGUGAAGGAGGAGGAGGAGGAGGAUAAAAACAUUACUGAUUAUGCCAUUAGGCUCAGAGGGAAACUGUACCGCUGCGUCACCCUUCACUUCUCCCCGUGCAGGUACAGCAGUGUGAUUAAGUCGAGACAGGAGGUGAGGGAGAAUCAGGCCUACCUGUUGCAGAUCUUGGAGACGGAGCGCAAAGCCAAACUGCAGUACCUUCAACAAACCGACGACCUGGAGGCUGAGAUUAAGAAACUUAAAAACGAAGUAACCAGCAGGCGGACCGGUCUGCCAUCUGUCCUGCCGCCCCUCUCCCUCACUCCCAUCCCCUCACCCGGUCGUGAAGCAAGCAGCGCCAAGUCUUGGAAAGUGAUCUUCCUGAUUGGCCGUGAUGACCUCAACGCCAUCGCUCCCGCCGCAAAGGCGAACGUAAAGGUGGUGGCGGAGGAGGACGACGAUCAAAUACGCAAAAUCAAAAAGUUGAGUAAUAACAAGAGCUUUGAUGCUGUGUUGGCAAAGGUGCAAUCAUUCCUUCGCGGUUGGUUGUGCCGGCGGCGAUGGAAGCAUAUCGUGGAGGAGUACCUCCUCUCGCCUCACGCCGAGUCAAUGCGUAAACGCAACUCAAUUGUCUUCAAGCUGUUCGAGGGGGAAGAGGAGUACGUCCAACAGCUGGUAACGCUUGUAACCUGCUUUCUUCGACCCUUCAGAAUGGCGGCCAGCUCCAAGAAACCCAUAAUUACACAUGAGGAUGUGAACUCUAUCUACUUAAACGUGGAGACGAUAAUGUUUUUGCAUCAAAUUUUCGUGCAAGGACUGCGAAGAAAAAUGGAGAACUGGCCCACCCUUAAGUUGGGCGACCUCUUUGACAUGUUGCUGCCAAUGCUGGGCGUCUACCAGGAGUACGUCCGCAAUCAUCACUAUUCGCUUCAGGUCCUGGCCGAGUACAAGAUGAAGGAGGAGUUCACUCGAACGCUAAAACGAUGCGAAGAGAAAUCGCAGUGUGAGGGACGCUCGAUUGAAUCCCUCCUCACCUGCCCUAUGUACCAAAUCCCAAGGUAUCUUGUUACCUUGCACGAAAUUCUUGCUCACACGCCCCACGAACAUGUUGAUAGAACAAAUCUGGAGUUUGCGAAGAGCAAAUUGGAAACAUUGUCUCAGGUGAUUCAUGAUGAGGUUAGUGAGACAGAAAACAUUCGCAAGAAUCUUGCGAUUGAGCGUAUGAUAUCCGAUGGGUGCGAUAUCCUCCUCGAUGCAAAUCAGGUUUUCGUAAGGCAAGGGACUCUAGUACAAGUGACAAUGCAUAAGGCAGCUUAUCCAUGUCCGCGAAUCACUCAACUUAAUUCCUCGUCGUGUGAGAAAAAGGAGAGACUAAGACAGGUCUUUCUCUUUACAAAUCACCUUCUCAUUGCCACAAGGACAAGUUCUGGGAGGCUUAAGUUGGCUAAGAAAAGCGGCAAAAUUCCUCUACGAGGUUGCAACCUUAUCGAAGAAAUGCCCCAUGAUUGGAGUCAGGAUGAUGUCGUUACUGCCUCUUCACUAUCCAACGACACCCCUGAAUGUGGACCUAGCCCUAUUUCGAGAACACAGAGUGCCUGCAGUUUUGGAGGACAGGAAGAAUUAGGCCCUGCGGAGUCACAACAUCAUCAACAACCUACACAGACGUCACCACCGUGGAAUUCGAUUCCCGCCAAACUGGCGCAUGGCUCUUUGAUGCUGGCCGCGCUGACGCUUGGUUCGACUGGAGGCGAUUGCGCAGGCAAGUCGAGGCGAGAUGCGCGACCAGGCUCAUUCACUCGCAAAGAUGUUGUCGAUGACUUGAGCGAUGACAGUCCUGCUUACUCCCCUCCAAUGAUAGCCACUGCAUCAGCUACUAAACCUGCUCAUCCACUCUGCGGCUAUGGGAACCUUGUGUUUCAAAUAAUCUGGCCAGGGGGCGAAGAAGGCACUUGUAGUGUGUGCCUGGUAGCUUCGAAUCUACAAGAAAAGGAAGCCUGGUGCUCGGAUAUAAGUCAGUGCAUUGAGCAGCUUCACUGUAGUGACCUAUUAAGCACCGCGCAGUCCGAAGUAUCAUCCAUCUCUAUGCCGUAUUCAGUGCGUUUGGACCCAGGGUUGUUCAAAGACUGUCCUGACAUUAAAUACCGAUCGACGAGGAACUCAUGCAAAAUGCCUCAGGUAAAGUGCCCUUUUAAUCUCACAUUUUAUUGCGAAUCCAUCGCAAAGUUUCCAUUUCGCCUUAUUAAGGUCCGUCAUGGCACCCUAGGCCGUCUCUUGGAUCGCCUUUUGGAUCCGAGGUUUCAAUCGAUUGACUACCUGAACACCUUCCUGCUAACUUAUCGCGUGUUUACUACUGGACCGACUAUCAUUGCAGUGCUUCGGUGUGUUCUUCGAGAUCCAUCGCUUCAACUGGCCUCGACAAAAAUUAAUCUCGAUCUCCUUGAGUCCAUGCUACGAACAAAGUCAGGUAGCCGAAGUGGUAGGCAGCAGCGCAUCUACUUCUCUACCGUGGCCAAGGGCGGCAGACGAGUUUCCACAGGCAUGCUUGAUGCCAAGAGGCAUAAAGCUCUUGUCUCUCGUCAAAAUUUGCCCACUCAAAUCGUUCUAAAGGAAGAAGAAACCGAAAGUGGAGGCAGCGAAUCAGAGAAGGACACUGAAAAAUGGAGGAUCAGGAGUGCAUCAGAGCACAGUAAUUUGACAGAUUUCCGACUUUCAGAUGCCACUGUGGACAAUGAGCAAGUGAGCUUAGAGAGACUUUGCAAUCCCCAGGAUAAAGAUUUCCUUAUGGUAGGGGCCGGAAAUGGGGAAAAUGGCGAUUUGAUUCUAACGCAAGAGUCCAAAAGUAUCUGUCAGGAAGAAAAACAUGAUAGAGAGCUCGAGGAAGAAGGAGGAGGUACAAGAAGGGAGGAUGCCAGUAAAAUCGAGCAGAGAGAAGUGGAAACGGGGAAGCAGUCCAUUGCAAGCGAAAUUAUCGCACCUGUUGCCAACGCUGGCUCACUUCUAAUGUCUUUUUUUGAGAACAAGGACAAUCAAAGUGCCUUCUCAUUGGGCCAACCAAUCAUCGAAAGCCAUUCUUUUGCAACGUCUCUCCCCAGGGAGCGAGCCAACUUAAUUCGACAACGGAGCCGUGUGAGUUAUGCUUACAACAUGUCUACUUACCGUAGACCACCAAAAGCGGGUGCUAUCAUUACCUCUGCUCGAAUGUCCCGACGAAGAUCAAGCAAUUUGGCUGCAGUGAAGGCUUUCGCUAUAGCAACUGCUGCAAGCGGAUCGACACAAAUACCACAUCAUAAAGCACCGGCAGUGAAAAAGCUACCGCUAUCUGCAACGGCUGCUGUUGCUACCUCGUCUUCGUCUCAAGGAGGUAAGAUGAAGCCUGUGGCGGCCACCACACUGCCUCCGGAUGGGACAACGUGUAACGAGGCGGAAAUUCAGUUUCCGCGGUUGGCACCGCCUAGUACAAAGGAGGGCAGAGAGGCUGUGAUCCCGUCAAAGGCAACCUUCGAUAGAAUACCUGCACUAGAUAUCGCCGAGGAGCUCACUUAUCUCGACUUUCACAUCUUCCGCUCCAUUAAAACGCAAGAACUACUGAAUCAGGUUUGGAUGAAAGACGGAAAGGAGGCAAAGGCGCCCCAUGUGAUGCUUGUAACAAAACGAUUUAAUGAAGUCAGUAAACUUGUGGUUUCGGAAAUCAUUUCCCGCUCCCAAAUCCCCGAUCGUGCAGCCUGCAUAGAAAAGUGGAUUGCAAUCGCGGAUAUAUGUCGAUGUUUGCAGAAUUACAAUGGAGUGCUGCAAAUUUGUGCCGCCUUGGAAAACAGCUCGGUGCACAGAUUGAAGGCGACUUGGGAGGUAGUUGCUAAACCGUCGAAACAGUCCUUGGAAAAAUUGCUCACUUUGGUUGCUGCAAAUGCAAGGUUCAAGAAUAUGCGAGAACAAUUGCAUCAGUGCGAUCCGCCUUGCAUACCCUAUUUGGGAAUGUAUCUCACCGAUCUUUCCUUCAUCGAAGAGGGUGCGCUGGACAUUACUGAACACGGGUUGAUCAAUUUUUGCAAAAUGAGAAUGGUUGUAGAUUACUUAUUGGACCCAACCCGACUGCUAAGUGAUGAUCAAACAUACGAGGCCUCAUUGAGCAUUGAACCAAGACCACAUUUCACUGCUGUAUGCCAAGCAACAGGAGUGACAGACGAGGUAGUCGGCAAAUGGACUCCCUGUCAAAGGACCUGA